GUCACGCUGCACUGUGUACAAAAGCAAAUCAAGUGUGCACGUUUGACAAAGGACCAAAAGCCAGCUGAAAGAGGAGCUGCUGAAGACACGAGCUCAGGAAGAAGUCCGUACUGGCCUCGACUGAACCCUUUUACAGUCACAUUUUGGUGUCUGGUUUUUGGUUUCCUCAGCUAAACUUUUGACAGUAUCAGUCAUGUCGGAGGAAGAAAAGUUGUCCUACAGCGAAGCCAUUAAGAAGGCGUACGCGUCCGUAUCUCGCUUCCCUCUCAUCCCAGUCAGAGGAAUUCCUCUCAUGAGCCUCAUCGCCCAAAACUGGGACACCAUCUGGGCUUUCCGUCCGGAGCCCUCAGACCUCCUCAUCGCCACCUACCCCAAAGCAGGUAGAGCCUCCUGCCCGGUCUGGCGCAUAGCGCAGCCACUUUUGCACAGCCUGGGCAAAAGUCUUGAUCUUCUGAAGGAAAUGGAUCCUCCAAGAAUCAUCAAAACACAUCUUCCUUUUCAGUUGGUGCCUCCUGGAUUUUGGGAAAAAAAGUGCAAGGCUAUCUACGUGGCACGUAAUGCUAAAGACAACCUGGUGAGCUACUACCAUUUUGAUUGUAUGAAUAUGACCCAGCCUGACCCAGGACCCUGGGAAGGCUACAUACCUAAGUUCAUGCGAGGAGAGUUGGCAUGGGGCUCCUGCUAUGACCAUGUGAAAGGUUACUGGAUGGAGAGAGAGAAGAAGAAUAUCCUUUACCUCUUCUACGAGGACAUGAAAGAGAAUCCUCAGCGUGAAGUGGAGCGCAUCAUGAGGUACCUGGACUUGUCGGUCUCUGAUGAGAUCAUCAGCCGAAUUGUGGAGCUCACGUCCUUUAAGAACAUGAAGGAGAACCCGAUGGCCAACUACUCCUGGAUCCCAGCUGCUGUCUUUGAUCAGUCAAUCUCCCCCUUCAUGAGAAAAGGUGAAGUAGGGGAUUGGAGAAACCAUUUUACACCCGAACAAUCAAAGAUGUUUGAUGAAGAUUAUGAAAAGCAAAUGAAGGAAGUCAACAUACCAUUCAGGACCCUCAUCUAACGGAUUUUGGCUUUUCCAAACGGAUGCAGCUCUGCAAACCAAAGACCGGUGGACUGACACUGUGCAGCACUAGCCUACUGUCAGAAAUUUGGCACAAGCUAAAUACCAAAACAAAAAUGAAUACAAAUAAAUUAAUUUGAUCCUUUAUGUAGAACACUGUAAUCACUGCACCUCUUUAUGUGUCGAUACAUCCAAAUGUUGU